CAUAGGGUUAGUGAGAAACCAUAAACCUCAGGAAACAGCCAAGCGAAAUCAGGUGCUCCUUACGAAAAUGGCGACUUCCCUCAUUGCUAAAAGGGCCACCACUUCCAUAGGAAGAGCUUCUGACCUCUUCAGAACAUCAUUCGCCUUCCUGCGCGGUCUUAGCACCACCACCAGCCCCGCCGCCGACGGAGCCAAGAAGCCUAAGCGGAAGAAGAAGAAGAAGAAUCUCUUCGAGGUGGCCCAGUUUCUUCCCAACUGGGGACUUGGCUAUCACAUGGCCAAAACUCACUGGGCCGAGGUCUCCUACGAGAUCACCAAAAUCAAUCUCUACAAAGAUGGAAGACAUGGAAAAGCUUGGGGGAUUGCUCACAAAAAUGGCUUGCCAGCUGCUGAUGCCCCGAAGAAAAUCAGCGGUGUCCACAAGCGCUGUUGGAGAUACAUCCCCAUGACAAAACAAAUAGAACAAAGUGUGCCUAAACAGGAAGCAAGCAUCCCAAAACAAGAAGUGGAAACUGCGUGAUCAUUUUCAGUUUGUUCAUUCGACCCAGUUUGCAUGAGAUGCUGUAGUCUGUAGAAGCAAUUUAUAAAAAUGCCAGUGUAUCCCGGGUUCAAGUGCCGUGAACUGAGUUCUCGUCUACUUUUGAUAGUUAUAUAGCAAUAUGUUAGAUUCCAUAAUGGUCAGUCGGCCCUUUUAAUGGGGAUUCUGUGGUGAAGAUCAAUGGCAGUCAAUCUAGUUUUUCGAUCAUCGACUGUGUCGAUAUCUAGACUCCAAUCCUGGUUUUCUGGUGUUAUUGAAGUUAGUUUGAUCA